GAGUUCCUGCAGGGCAGAAUAAAGGGGCUGGACUAGAUCAGGACCCUUCUUGGGAUCUCUUCCAACGCUGGCAUUCUGGGGUUCUACAAAUCUGGGCAUUGCAUGCAUUCCUCCACACCUGUUAAGGUCUCUCUGGAAAAGCAGGAAAAGGACUUUUGAGAUGAGUUCAGAAGCAGUGGGGUUCCUGGACUUUUGCCUCAAAAGGAUGCUUUGCUAGAAGUGACCUCCCUUCUCUCCCCACUACAGCCUCCAUGCUGAGUUUUUGCUUCCUUUUGGCUGGAGCCCAGAGUGGGACUACAAAUAUCAUGGCGGAUCCACAGGAGCCAAUCGAAGGAGAGAAUGUCACCCUCACACCAGCAACUGUCCCAGCAAACUCCAUUAGUUGCCGUUGGUACCAAGGGACAGAUCCUGGCAAAAACCUCAUCCUUAUCUAUUACCUCCCACCACUCACUUGGCAGACAACAGGACCUGGCUUCACUGGGCGAGAGACUGGAAACUCAGACUGCUCCCUCCGAAUCACAGAUUUAAAGACAAGCGACUCUGGAGUUUAUACACUUGAAAUGGAGAGACCUGGGGCAUUGGAAAUGGGGACAGCAGACAUUGUGGUCUCAGAGGUUGUGUCCAAGCCCACACUGUCUAUCUCUUCCAACCCUUUCCCCAGAGAGCACAAGGACUCUCUUCAACUAACUUGCAACACCAGGGCUACCCGUGCCAAUGUCAUCUGGCUCUUGAACGGGAAGCCAGUAGGAAGCAGCUCCCGAAUCCAGUUCUCCAACCAUAAUCGCACACUGGCCAUUCAGCAGGUUCUCCGCAGAGACGACGGGAAUUACCAGUGCCAAGUCUUCAACAAAAUGAGUGAUGGCUUAUAUGUUCCUGUGAUCUAUGGACCUGACCCACCUGCAAUUGUGCCGUCCAAGAACGCUUACUAUGAGCAUUCAGACAUCAAGCUCUUCUGCGUGGCGGAUGCCUUUCCAGGCGUGAGAUAUACCUGGUUCUUCAACGGGAAGAGCUGUGGCAGUGGGGCAGAGCUGGCCCUCCGAGACGUGAGCCGGGCGCAGAGCGGGAAUUAUACCUGCCAAGCCAUAAAUCUCUUGUCCCGCAACACAGCAAGCGCUGCCCUUGAGAUCCUGGUGGCAUGCGAGUAGACCUCAUGACGCACCCGGCCAGUGGCUCUUCCAAGGGCUCUAGACCUGCCUUGACUGCCCACAGCCUUCCUGCAACCUCUGUCCUGAUGCUAAAUCACACUGAUUUCUGAGCAUUAGAAUCACAGAAUCUUAUUACAACUGGAAGGGGCCACAGGUCCAACCCUUCGCCACAAGAAGGCGCAACUAAAGCACUCCCCAAAGAUACCUGUCAUAGCUCUGUUUGAAAAUCUCCCAAGAAGGAGACUAGGCAGUUUAUCACACGGGACGAAUCCCGUGCAGAAACUAAAAAUGAAAACAACCCACGUUUGCCCAUUGUUUUUCAGACGACGUUCGGCGUGAACCCAAACAGAAAAUUGGGGGGGGGGGGGACAUUUCUGGGAUGUUUUUUCAAACAAUGUUUGCCUGAAAGAGAAAUAGCUCAAAAAUAGCCCAAACACGAAGUUGUCAAAACCAGCUCCUUUUCACUUUUGCUAAACCCCGAAAGUAGAAAGCAGCUUUCCAUUCGGAUUAUUUUCACAUUGUUUCUCUUUUGCGCCAAUGCAUCUGAUAAAUAACACCUGGAUUUUAAAACCCCGUUUCUGCAUGGGAUAUUACCAAUUCGCCCUCCAUGUGAUAAACCCCUAUUUUAACAGGCUUUAAAUUACCUGGUUUUAAGAGAGAAAUGAUAAUUUAAAUCUGUUAAACUGCAGUUACUGCUAUUUAUUGUCUUCCAUUGAUUUUAAAUUGGUUGUACUGCUGAGAGAUCUUCAGAUCCAGGGUGGGAUAUAAACUAUUUUAAUAAAGAAAGAAAUGAUCAGUAAAUAAUAUAAGUAAAUAAAUAUCAAUCAAUCAAUC